CAGUGCGGUGCCGACUCUUGCUGCCGCGGUUACAGAUUCUGCGGUGUGUGUGUGCGCGCGUGUUUACACGACGAGAGAGAGAGAGAAAGAGAAAGAGAGAGAGAGGGACAGGGAGAGUUUGCGCCGCGGAGGCGAGGACAGGGAACUCGAAAGAGAGAGAGAAAAAGAGGAGAGGCACUCGCGAGAGCAGAGGAGAAACGUAAAAAGCGGCGGAGAAGUCUACGAGUCGUCCGCGAAACACGAUUCGUGUACGCGCGUGUUACGUCGAACAAGUCUCUCUCGCAGGAAGAUUUCACGCAGCACUACGAGACUGUGCGAGUAUAUGCACAGUAGAAUACGUACACAGUACGCCUCUCAGUUCGGCUCGUGAUAUCGUUCGGUGUAGUAUCGCGAGGUAUCGCGAGUUAUCGGCACGAGCAACAACGCUCGACGGAGUCGACGGCGGAGAGCGGAGAGACGUCAUCGCAAGAAACGUCGCACCGCGCAGUGUCGUCGUGCUUGGCGCGACGUGACCGGCACGCACACGCCGUGAGAAGCGCGAGAAUCACUAACGAUAACGCGCCAACCACCCUCGCGCGCGGUUGCAUUUAGCGGGGCGUGGGUGCACCACACCGCGCUGCACCACACCGCACCGCAUCGCAUCGACGGCUACAGCGGUGCGGCGAGACGACGGCGGGCGGUGCGCGUAAUUCAAAAGGUGCGCGCGACGGCCGCGGCGAGAACAUGACAGACGACACGGAGUGCGUGAAUUUGAGGCGGCAUUGUGUCGCGGGUGAAGGGACGAUAAUAUAAACGUAGUGAGGCAGAAGAGAAGAACAGUGGGAAGCGAAGAGAAAGAGAAAGAGAGAGAGAGAGAGAGAGAGAGAGAGAGAGAGGACGCACGCAAGGCCGAGGGGAGAGAAACUCCUCCGAGAAAGAAAGCUCCCAAUCCCAAACGAAGUACAUCCGCGCGGCCAGUGAUCCCGUGUGCGGCUCGCGUGUUGUGUGCGCGUCCGCGCCUUUCGUGAGUGUGUGUUAGUGCGAGCGGACCCAGACCGCGCGCGCGCGCGCACGCGAGUGGGCCCAGAAGAAGAGAGGAAAGAGAGGAGAGUAGAGAGACUUUUGUGGCUUCCGGCCUGUCGGCGCGGAGGCGUUCCGGCUGGCGAUCGCGGUCUCGCGGAGAGGAUGCUGGUAACGUCGCCGACGGUCGUUACGACGAGGGUAACGACGAUGACGACUUCUCGAGGUCUCGACUGAGUUCUCGACUCUCGGGAUUCACCGAGAGGGAGAGAGAGAGAAAGAGAAAGAGAGAGAGAGAGAGAGAGAGAGAGAGAGAGAGAGAGAGAGAGAAAGAGGGGGGGAGAAAAACAGAGAAUAAAAGAAAGAGAGAAAGAGAUUUUCGCCGCAUCGUCAUCGACGUCGGUUUUGCCGCCGCGACGGUGGCCGUCGACGAGCGUCGUCGUGCCGCUGGCCGCGGCGUGUAUACCGCGAUCGUUAAUCAGGUGUUAUUCCGAAUCAGGUGUUCGUGAAGCAAGGAACGCGAAAAGCCGCGCUUUUCAAGUGCCGACGGCACGUUCUCUGCAAGCUGUUGUCGGGGAGGAUUCGGUAGCGAAACGAACAAUAGUCGUAUUCGAGUAUAAUUGAUAAUUGUAUUCUUCAAUCGCUGUUACUACAGACUGGACAUCGUAUCCUGUGAUUAUUCACGAUUCUAGAAAUUAAAAGACAGUAAGGGAUAUUAUUUACGAGCACCCUCACGGUCGUGGUAAUCGAAAGACUUGCAAAAGAUCCACAAUUAUUCCACAAUCACGCGAUCCGAAGAACCUUUCUCGGAACUAUCCGUGAUCCUAAUAAUCACCUUCGAAGGAUCUCGGAGUCGGUAUCGAUCUCGAGCCGUAGAACGCGUGGGGACAUACGGUAGAUUUUCAUCGUCACGAAGAAACCGUAUUCACAUUACGCAGGGAUUACCUAGAUCCGUUUCUAUCCCAAAACAAGCCGUCCUUGAUUUUGACGACGGGAAGCAUCCACGCGAGAGUAAAGAUCCGGAUACAGAAGGAAUAACGCGUGCGACAUCGCGACGCCGGCCGACGGCGGAUCAUUUCCGGUGAAAUCAAAAACGCGAACGACACAGCCAGGAUGCAGGUGGCAACGUUGUUCAGGGAGAGCGCUACCCUGCUGGGUGCAUCCAGCCUGGACCCCCCGCAGACUCACCAUCAUCAGGGUAUGCACCAGCCGCAACAGCAACAGCAGCAGCACCAGCAGAUGCAGCAACAGCAGCACGCCACUGACAUGCACCUAGUCGGUCACCACAUGCAGCACCACUACAAGAUGUAUCCAUCACCAGUGCAGAAUGGAGGACCAAAUGGCACAACGACAAUGAGUUGCGCGAGUUCUCAAGGGGUGAUGGUGAAGCAGGAGGCGAGGGACGACGGUUACGAGACGAGUCCGGACCUCGAGAUGAGGAGCACCGGCGGUGACAGCAGUCAGCAGUAUCACACGCCGCUGACACCACACACGCCGCACACACCGCACACGCCGCACACGCCCCUCACGCCGAUAUCGGCGACAGCGCAUCAACCCCAGCAGCCGGGCUCGACCGCCUCCACCCUCGGACAGGUCGCGAUAAAAUGCGAGACGCCGGUGGACCCAUAUUCGUUUGUUGACGAAGAGAUGUCGAUGGGUGGCAUAAGGACAGCAAGCAGUCCAGGCGGCGGUGGCGGCGGCAAUCCUGAGAGCAUGACGUGUCCGGGCGGCGCCCAACCUGGGCUAGGUACACCCACGACGCCGCCCGGGGCGCUGUCCGGGCCACAACAUCAUCAGAUGAAUCUUGUGAUGAACGGCGCCGCCAACGUCAAUCCGCAGCUGGCGCAUCAGCCAAAGAAGCGAGGCCGCAAAAAAAAGUCAGAGAUGAUACUCACCCCUGAGGAAGCGGAACUCGCAGAGGCCAAGAAACGUGCAAAGACGUACAAAGAGAGGAAGAAGCACGACAGGUUCGACGGCAUGCCGGAAGAGGAAGUGAGCAAACGCGUUCUACCGGACCAUCUCACCAACAACCUUGACAUUAUUAUAAUUGGUAUCAAUCCCGGACUGUUCGCAGCUUAUAAGGGACAUCACUAUGCUGGACCUGGAAAUCACUUCUGGAAAUGCCUACAUCUAAGUGGUCUCACGCCCGAACCAUUGACUGCGGACGACGAUUACAAACUUUUGCGACUCGGUAUUGGCUUUACAAAUAUGGUAGCACGUGCGACGAAAGGCAGCGCAGAUCUUACAAGAAAGGAAAUUAAAGAAGGUAGUCACAUUCUACUCGAGAAAUUACGAAAGUAUAAGCCAAAAAUUGCAGUAUUCAACGGCAAACUCAUAUACGAAGUAUUCUCGGGAAAGAAGGAAUUUGGGUUUGGCAGACAACCGAACCUCGUCGAGGGUACCAAUACGUACAUGUGGGUUAUGCCCUCAAGCAGCGCGAGGUGUGCUCAACUACCACGUGCUGCUGAUAAGGUGCCAUAUUACGCUGCCCUAAAGAAAUUCCGCGACUACCUAAACGGUACGAUCACGCACUUGGACGAAUCAGACAUCGUAUUCGCCGAUUCAAAACUCAAGAAGAAGGAACACGAAGCGAUCGAGGAUAAGAAGUCAGUAUUUACCGACGAUUUGCCCGACGGUGAGAGCCGAAUCACGGAGAUCAACGGCAUGGGAAUUAAGCAGGAGACGGGCGUGAUACCUGGCAAGAAGAAACGCGGAAGACCGAAAAAGAUAAAAAAUCCAGAGGAUCAGCCACCACCGGAUCCUGAGAAGCUGGACGCGAAUGGCGAGGUCAUUAAAAAACGUCGCGGUCGUCCGAAAAAGAUCCAUCAACAGCAAAAGCAAAUGGAGCGGGAGAAUCGUGAGAGAGAGCAGCAACAGCAACAACAUCAGGUGAUGGGCCACUUGAACGACGGAUAUAGUAACGUGUCGAACUGCUUUUCGCCACCACUGAUGUCACCUCCAAAGUUCCAGCAUAUGGCACCGUAUGCGCCGACGAUGAAUGAUGGCUUCUUCGGCCAGGGAAUGAACGACAAUAGCCCGUACAAUAUGAGCGCGAAGCAAAGCCCUGUGCACUUGCAGCAGCAUUACAGCCAGAGCCCCAAGUCCAUGUCGCUGUCGUUCACUCACUCGGACUUAUCGUCGGAAAUCAAUACUGCAAUCUCGUCGGAGAACAAUCUCGAGCCGUCGCCUUUGACGUCGCCUAGCGUCGACCAUCCGGACUUUGAACCGCCCACCAGCAUGUCGCAGCAAAACAUGGGCAACGAUCAUCGUCAGUAUAAUCCGGCUGGAGGGCCCGAUCCAACGGGUCACCAUGGCAGUCCUGGCACGCCGUCCCAUAACAGCUACGCCAACUACAUGGGUUACCAUGAGCAGCCACCAGACGCGCAUAAUCCGCAUCCGCAUCAGACGACAUCGACGCCUCUCAGCCAGACCGCCGAGGACCAUUCUCAUCAUUCGCAUCCAACGCCACCGCAUCCACACACGCCCACUCAUACGUCCAUGUCGCCGCACCAUCCGCACGAACAAUAUGGCAUCAAGAGGAAUUCCGGUCAGGACGUGGCGUCUAAGAGUCUGAGCGACCUAGAAUCCCUCGUGGACCAGAUCCCGAGCAUAGCCGAUGGCGGUAAUCAGCGCUUGCAACAUGCGCAUCCGGGUAUGCCGGGCGAUGAUAGCUUGGCAGAGAAGAUGGACGCCCACCAUCAGUCCUACAUGUCCGGUUUCGGCGGCAUGCCGGCUGGACCAGCUGGAAUGGCCAAUUACAGUCCACCGUUGCCGCCGGGUAGUGGAAUCUAUCCCUCCUCGCUACACCACUCUCCCACCGACGCUGGCUAUGGAGGUUUAUACGGUAUGAACAGUCGUCAUCAUCAAGACUCUCAGCAACAGCAGCAGCAGCAGCCACAACAUCAACAGCAGCAGCAGCAGCAACAACAGCAACAGCACAGCAAGUCCUAUACGGUGGAAAAUCUCGCGUCCAGUAACUACACCCCUAGCAUGAAUCACGGACACCCCAGCAACUCUUACCCCAACAUCAUAACCGGGCACUAUCCGGUACCGAUGGGCUCGACCAAUGGAUAUCUGUUCGGAGGCCUCGAGACAAGCUUGAUGCAGCGUACAUACGGAAUCGGUGGGAUGAGCGGCAUGAGUAGCAUGCAUCCAUCCGCCGCCCUCGGUCACCCGAUGGCGGGCAAUCCGUAUCCGUACAACGGCUCGUACUCAAGCUCGUUCGAUGCUUAUCCAGCGCCACCGACGGGCAUACACGCGCCCAGCGCCAAUUACCCCGGCUACGUCGGCACGGCUGGCGCGGCGUCCAGCAGCACCACCUCGCCGCCGUCCUACCUCGCACCGUCGCACCACAGACCACCGGUUGACCUCUCCUAUGACGGUGUAUGAUAAUCGAUGUGAGAUACCGUUCGCCGACCCACCACUAGCCCCCGAUGAUCCUAUCUCUUUCUCUCUCCAUCUCCAUCUCCAUCCCAUCCCAUCCUCACCAACCUCACCUUCGCCUGCCGCCGAUCGCCUCCUGUGCGCGCGCGCGAGCGACGCACGUAUCCGCCGCGUUUAUCUUUUCUACGUAUUUUUACACACGUCUUUUAAGACACGGCUCUCAACGUGUCGGGGUCGCACCGUCGCGCGUCGUCCCCCCCGAAUCGCCGUUCCUUCAUCCUUGUCAUUUUCUCUCUUUAAAUCACUCUCUCCGCGAAAUCACUCUCCGCGAGAUGCUAUCUCCAAUCUGCGAGCAAUCUUUCGCUCUUUGUCGAUCCAUUUGCCGCACGAUACUCUAUUUCCUCUUUUUCACUCACCUUUGCUCAAGCCAGUUCUAUGUACAAAGCACCCCAGAAUUGGCGAAAAAUGGAUAUACACAUUUUUCCUCUCACCAAGAUAACAUCGAGACUUUGAUAGCAAUAAUGAACUAUUAUCCGAAUUAUUAUUAGAUAGUAUAUCUAAUGCAUUUUGUUUCAGAUGGAUACUACUUUAAGAAUCUGAAGCUUAGUUCCUAAGAUAUUGAAAUCGAGAUUUGAAACAUUGUGCGAAAAUGAAGAUGCCAUCCCUAGUAAAAAUGAAGCGUAAGACAAAAAAGAAUGCAAGUCGAAUGUAAAGGGAAAGAUAGAAGCGUAAGCAAAUAUAUUCUAAGGAGAUUGAAAUAAUGUAAGAGAAGCAUUAAAAUGCUUUACGCUUCUUUUGCAUUCUAUUAUUUCAAUUUACGUUCCUUAAAUCGUUUGUUUACGUUUGUGUCACUAUUUUUACGUUCGAUUUUUACGUUCCUUUUUCUCUUGUGCUUUAUUUUCGCCAGGAAUUCGAGGCAUACAUAUUGUAUUGUCUAUAUUGCGUCAAUUUUGGGGCAGCCUAUGCAACUGUCGGUCUUUCAUUUCAAUAUCUCUCCACUCUUUCUCCCUGCAUUCCGCUUCUACGUACUUCGUCGCCACAUCUCUCUCGUACUCUAUUUUUUUUUAUCACGCUCUCGAUAUGUGAUUACGCCAUGAGUAAUUACGGGCGCGCGGCUCGGGAACGGGAAAACCACUCCACUGAAACGCGACUAGCGCACGCAACGAACAAGAAUUGUAAGGGUAGAUCAGGUUCGCCGAUCGCGUUCUGUACCGAUCCGAUCGCUAAAGUAUACUUACACGGGCACGCAUUCUGAUAACCA